AUGGUCUGUGCUAAAGGUAGUAGGCCUGAUUGCCUUCCUCCUAUGUUAGAAUGGGGACCAGAACUUGGGCCGGUAGCAGGAACCAUCGAUGCGUUACUCUGGGGCAAAGUAUGUUUAAGGGCGGGACACACUUUAGGGAACAUCACGUACUUUGGAGACACGACACGAUUAUGUGGUCGAUAUACGCGACAACCACUCCACAAUGCUGUUACGGAAGUAUUCAAAGACGUGACAGUGGAAUAUUCCCGUGGCUUGCCCCAGAUCACAGUUCCUUUGCCUAGUAGACGAGAACGAUGUCGGUUCACGUUGAAGCCCAUUACUAACACCGUCGGUGACUUCAUCAAAAUGCUCAAAACGGAAGACAAGGGUAUAGACAGGGUGAUUGCGAUCAGCAUGGACGACACUAGAAUAGCCGCCAGUACUACCGUUGAAUAUUUGCUCGAAGAAGAUUUCAAGCUGAUCGUUAACGACAACACUUACAUCGUUAACCCGCCUAAACCACUCAGGAUAUCAGGAGAAGAAGUAAAAUGUUUAAGUGACAUAAAAACGCUAGUGAGUAAUUUAUAUGAGGCGCUCAACGUCCAAGAGCACAACGUCCAGAAGGAGAAAGAUUUGAAUAUAAAAAUCGAGACGUUACGAGAGGAACUCAUGCCGUUGGAAGAGCAAAAGAUGCAUUUGGAUAUGAUCGCACAGCGAAAGUCCGAUUGGAUGUCCUGGAUCGGGCUUGGAUUGAUGUCCGUGCAGUUUGGGAUCCUGGCGAGGCUCACUUGGUGUGAAUAUUCCUGGGACAUCAUGGAACCCGUCACCUAUUUUGUGACUUAUGGAACUGCAAUGGCUGGAUAUGCAUACUUCGUUAUCACGAAACAAGAGUACGUACUGAAAGACGUCAAGGAUAGGCAACAUCUGCUGGCUAUCUACAAGACCGCAAAGAAGAAAGGUUUAGAUCUGCAAAAGUACAAUCAGCUGAGAGAACAGAUCGUCCGACUGGAAUACGAUUUGAAGAGGUUGCGGGGACCGCUGCAGAUGCACACUCCUAAGAAGACGAAUCCCGCGACAACGACUGACGAUGCCAAAAAAGUGAUCUAAGUGUUAACUAAUUUAUUUAUUUUUAUUUAUUUAACUGAAACAAAGAAUACACAAACAUAAAGAAUAUACAAGCAGAAGAAGCAAAUCGGAUUCCCUUCGAAAUCUCAAAUCAUAUCCACAUAUGAGGACGUUAAGCUGCCUUGCUUUGAUUAGUAUUUGAGCUAAAGGGCCCAAGAAAAGUUAAAAAUAAUAUUGUUAUAUGUUAAAUAUAAAUUAAGAAAAUCUUCUACUAGUUCUAAUCGAGUUACAUUUUUCAAUUCAGGGAUAAAUAUUACGUAUAAUUCAUCAUCUAGUUAUAAUAAUAUUAUAAAAGAAUAAAAAAACGUAAUGUAAACGAAAAGAACGGACGCAAAUUUAUAAAUAUAAAUAUAUCGAACCGCUUUACAGGUAUAAUAAUAGAGGCAAUCGAAACAUUUUUCACUCUUUCUCUUCGAUUUUUAUUUUACGGGAGAGGUUUUUUUCAAAGCACUAAUCCGUCCUAAGCUUGUGUGGCUUCUUGCACAAAAGUCGUAGUGAACAUAUAGCUCUUAAAUUUUCAUUAUUUUCUUAUAAAGAGAAAAUAAAAAUUGGAAUUGGCUUUAAUCAAUUUAACCUCUUUGGUUUUGUUACUUUGAAAAGAAUUGGGUAAACGUUUUCCUUCUGCUAGUCAAUUUCUGGACAAUCCUGUCUUUUUUUUAAUCUGUAGAAAUGAAAAAAAAAAGUUUAUGGAUUUAAAUAUUAACAUGAAUUUAACAAUGCACAUUUCUCUGUGAUUUUACUAACAGGUUAUAAAGGGAUUACGAAGUUAGAUACAAUCAUAUUUUGCACGGCUUGUUGUUAAUGCUUAAACGAUCGCAAAAGUUUUUAGACAUUUUUCUGUAAAUACGGAUUGUUUUAUUUCUUUCUAAUUUAAAUUUAAA